GCUCGUUCUCACGUGGGAGAGAUUUGAACAGUAGGGCUCCUGUGCCCUUACUGACCGACCUAGAUGUGGCAGUGGAGGAGUGUGAGUCGGAGCUAAUUCACAUUCCUGACAUGGACCGUGAUCAUUCUGAGAUAGCCAAGAAGGAAUCGCCCCUGAAGAAUUUGAUGUGAUUCCUCCAUUCCCCCGUUCCCUGACUUCAGGGUUUGUUUUACUCACUACAUUGUCCUCUAUCCAUGGGAGAGUCGGUUCUUGCAACAGAUCUGAUCGAAGCUGAUGCCUCUGCUGAUGAGACUGCAAUCUUUCUUGGGCUUAACAGCUGCUUUCCAAAUGCAAAAAGUUUUCAGCCUGGAGCUGUCAGAAUUGUUCACCUGAAGGGUCACUUCAAGAUAUGGAUUGGCAGUGCUCCAUCUCUGCUCAUAAAGUGUCCAGAGUCAAUGCAUGCGUGGAUGUAGUGCUCUCUGGUGUGAAGCUUUUACGAGCACUGGGCCUCAGUCCCGAGAAUAGGAAAGAUCAUGCAGUCUUGCAUUCAAGGAAAGACCUGGAAGAAGCCUUCAGUUAUUUCAUGGAGAAGGGAGCAGCUGCUGAACGGUUUUUCAGUGACAAGGAGUCUUUUCAAGAGAUUGCAGGGGUUGCUUCAGGGUUCUCCGAAGCACAGCACUAUGUCGGGGGAAAUGCUGCUUUAAUUGGACAGAAACUUGCAACCAAUUCAAAUUUGAAGGUUCUCCUUUGUGGUCCUGUUGGUCCUAAACUACAUGAACUUCUCGAUGACAACGUAUUUGUUCCCCCAGAAUCAAUGCAAGAAGUGGAUGAGUUUCACCUUAUUUUGGAGUAUCAAGCAGCUGAGCAGUGGGGAGAGUUGAGGGCUCCCAAUGCCAACCGCUUCAUAUUCUCCCAUGAUUUGUCAAAUGGGGUGAUGAACAUGCUUGAAGUAUUUGUGUCCAGCCUGGAUGAGUUUCAGCCAGACCUUGUUGUGCUCUCUGGACUGCACAUGAUGGAGGGGCAGAGCAAAGAGAUUCAUCAGAAGAGACUGCUGGAGGCAGUGAUUUCCAUCUCCGAUAUCCCCACUGAUAUCCCAGUUCACCUGGAGCUGGCCAGUAUGACUGACCGUGAUUUCAUGAGCAGUAUCAUGCAACAGCAGGUCUUCCCCUUGGUGAAUUCAAUCGGUUUGAAUGAACAGGAGCUGCUGUUUCUCAGCCAGUCGGCAUCCGGACCCUACUCCUCCCUCCCGUCCUGGAGGGGUGUCCCAGACGUGGGAAUAGUCAGCGACAUACUCUUCUGGAUUUUGAAAGAAUACGGGAGCCAGGAAGACAGGGCCUCGGAUCUCACCCGGAUCCAUUUCCACACCUUGGCGUACCACAUCCUGGCCACCGUAGACGGGUCCUGGGGCAACCAGGUAGCGGCCGUGGCUGCCGGAGCCAGAGUGGCGGGGACGCAGGCGUGCGCCACCGAAACGAUCGUUACCGACAGAGUCUUCCUUAAGGCUCCCCUCGAGUUUAUGACUUCCCACACAGGGGCGGGCUCGAAGGUGUCUCUAAAUCCCAGUGACCCAGUGGUGGAAUGGCACAGAGAGGGCAUCUCCUUCCAUUUCACCCCUGUUCUAGUGUGUAAAGAUCCCGUCCGAACUGUGGGACUCGGAGAUGCCAUUUCAGCCGAAGGACUGCUCUAUUCAGAAAUAUACCCUCAGUAAUGUGAAUGAGAUCGUCUGUCCAACGAAUCGUCUCUCUGAGAGCGAGAAUCUAGUUCCCCGUGAGAUUUCAGGAAGUGGGCAGGGGGGAAUAGAAAUGAGGGUGUUAAAACAGGUUCGGGGAAGAAUCGGAGAACAGCCAAAGAAAUAACACCAGGUUUUAAACUGCAUAUCAAAUACAUUCCAGCCUCUCGGCAAGAUCGUGGAAACAUUUCAGGUUUUAAUUAAGAAGUUCUAGCUUUCCGUUGGCGCGACUGGAUUUCUGUUUUUAUGUUUCUUGUGUUUCGGGGGAGGAAAAGGUUUGCAGAACCCCCUCGUCUGUGCAGACUUGCUUAAGGCCAACUUCUUAGUUAUAUUUGAAAGCGGGGCAGCUGCAGGGAGAACUUGUCUAUUUUUAAUCAAUCCUGGAGAGAAGGUCUGCCAGUCUUCAGUCAUGUCUCAUUUGGAUAAGGCAGGGCUCUAAAGGCUCUUGUAUUCUUUUCCGUUAGGGCGUCGCUCUAGAGCAAGGGCAGACCUUCGUUCAGUGUUACGAUCAAAACAUUACUCUCAACUUCUUGCCUUUGAGAAGGAGCCAGGAAAAAAUAGUAACAAGAAGGGACAUCACCUGGGCUGAGUACAGAGAAGCUGGAGGGAAACUCUUGACUUGAAACUAUUCAGCAGUCGGUUUUUAAGGUGUGUGCGGGCGACUGUCUAGUCACGCGUUUUAAGAGGAACGUGCCCUUCAGCGAAUGGGUUUCUCAGUGUGUGCACAGGGUUGCUCGAUGACAGGCCAUCUGCUUCUAUGCCUGAACCUCAUCGCCUGGGAUAUGGCUGUGUCGUUGCCGUGGAAGAUUUGGCCUCUGCUUGUUAAGAUCCUAGAAGGAGACCUUCCUUUUUGCAACUGGAAUGCUUUUUCUCUUACGUGUCACCUUUGAUCACGUGCUGCAGGCUUAAUUCCGUUAAGCGGUGCGGUCGACCUCAUCAGAUGCUGCAAGAAUGGCACCCAAGUGUUCAUCCCCAGAAUCAGAAAUGGGACUUAUCUUAUGUUACAUUCUGAAUUUAUUUUUAUAAGGUAAAGAAUGUCUUGUGGUUUUUAAAAGAAAAAAAAAUCUGAAGCAUUAUUCCCAUCUCGGUUUUCUCUACGCGGUGUCUCUUGUCGACUGUAGUAAGCUGCCGGCUGCUCUGUUUUGUAAUUCUGCAGAGGUUUCGAUGUGCGACUGUGGGCCUAAAUGUACACCGUACAAAUUUAUUUCACUCUUGACUUGUGAACGAGAUCAGUGACAUUACUUGUACCCAUCUGUAACAAUCUCCUCCUCCCAUGUCGGGUUUUCAUAUAAACUGUCUACAUUUUUUUAUUAUUAAUAUUACGGCAUUUAAGCCUUUACUGUUUGUCAAGCAAGGUUCCAAGCGGUGAGGUAGAUAUAAGUUAAUCAGGUUGGACAUGGUCCCUGUCCCAGAUGGGGCUUCUGGUCCAAGUUGGAGGAGAAACAGGCAUCGAGUCCCCAUUUUACGGGGUGGAAGCUGUACGUUCUUCGACUACAGCCCGACCUCGCUCGUGUGGUGACAGCAGGAAGAAAAAGUGAGGCGAUGUAGCGGUUUUAUCUUGGAACUUUGGGGAUCAAAAACGGAGGUGGCUGCUUCACAUUGCUUUUUAAGGGAAACCCGAAAAGGGCCCGCUCGACCGGCUGCUGCAGGAAAGUGAGCACAAGGAGCUCUAAGACGACCUUCGGGACAGGAAAACAUAGCAGGGUUCUGUCCCGUUAUUAAUUUUAAAUUAUUUGCGUAUGUAGCAAGACGGCUUAUUCCAAUAAUCCCAAACCCACAGGGGCAGACCCUUCCUUUACAAAACCCACCUUUGUCUGCCUCGGGCGGCCAGGCAGCCCGAGCAGCCGCUCCGGGCAUUCUUCUGCCACGUAGGCCCGGCGUGCACAUCUGGUGCCGCUUAGUUCUGGGGAGCAGGAAUACCUUCACUUCAAAGACCCUUCGUUUGAAAGCUUGGGGAAUUGUGCAGUUGAAAUGAAAAGCAAAUGCAGCUUGUUAAAGUCUCUGACUAUUGCCUGUUCUUGUUCUCUUCUUCCUCCUCCUCCACUCCUUUCCCCAAAUAAACUGUGGCCCAAUUAAAACCAAUAAUAAAAACAAAAAAACCCUCCUA